AUGGAGGGGGGUAGUGAGAGGGCAGAGGUUGGACGAGAAGUUCACCAUGGAGGUGUGGUGGAGAGUGGCAGUGACACAGGCGAUCACAAAUACAGCACUGCCGAUGGCGAAAAAGAUGGGAAAUUUCAGGUUCAGCCAAAAUGGAGGAAAUUCUUGACUCAUGUUGGGCCUGGAGCUCUUGUGGCCGUUGGCUUCCUGGAUCCUAGCAACAUGGAAACUGACAUGCAAGCUGGGGCUGACUUCAAGUAUGAGCUUCUGUGGGUCGUCUUAGUUGGGAUGAUCUUUGCGCUCUUUAUACAAACAUUAGCCGCCAACCUGGGAGUGAAAACAGGGAGGCACCUGGCUGAACUCUGCAGGGAAGAAUACCCCCGCUUUGUCAAUACUUGCUUAUGGAUUGUUGCUGAGCUGGCAGUGAUUUCUGAUGACAUCCCUGAAGUGUUGGGUACUGCUUUUGCAUUCAACAUAUUGUUCAAAAUUCCUGUGUGGGUUGGAGUUAUCCUCACAGUGUUCAGCACCUUCUUGCUUCUUGGGGUGCAGAGAUUUGGGGCCCGGAAACUGGAGUUCAUCAUAGCAGCGUGCAUGUUCACCAUGGCAGGAUGCUUCUUUGGAGAGCUGAGCUACUUGAGGCCAUCCGCAGGGGAGGUGGCCAAGGGCAUGUUUGUUCCCUCUCUGCGAGGGAAAGGUGCUGCUGCCAAUGCAAUCGCGCUCUUUGGCGCUAUCAUCACGCCGUACAACUUGUUCUUGCACUCUGCCCUGGUCCUCUCAAGGAAGACCCCACGGUCAGACCAAAGUAUCAAAGUGGCCUGCCGUUACUUCCUCAUCGAGUGCAGUCUCGCCUUCAUCGUGGCGUUCCUCAUCAACGUUGCGGUGGUUGUUGUUGCUGGAUCCAUUUGCAGUGCGAACAGUCUCUCCCCAGCCGAUGCCAACACGUGUGGCGAUCUUACUCUGCAAUCUGCACCUCUGCUGCUCAGGAAUGUUUUGGGGAGAUCGAGCUCUGUUGUAUAUGGGGUUGCGCUGCUAGCUUCUGGGCAAAGCACCACAAUUAGUUGCACAUUCGCUGGGCAGGUCAUCAUGGAGGGGUUUCUGGACAUGAAGAUGAAGAACUGGAUGAGGAACCUCAUCACCCGUGCAAUUGCCAUUACUCCGAGCCUUAUUGUCGCCAUUGUCACCGGUCCGUCAGGGGCUGGCAAGCUAAUCAUCCUGUCCUCGAUGAUUCUGUCUUUCGAGUUGCCGUUCGCUCUCAUCCCUCUUCUCAAGUUCUGCAACAGCAGCAAGAAAGUAGGACCCCUCAAAGAAUCCAUCUAUACGGUGGUCAUCGCCUGGGCCCUCAGCGCGGCGCUCAUUGUGGUCAACACCUACUUCCUGGUGUGGACCUACGUGGACUGGCUGGGGCACAACCACCUGCCCAGAUAUGCCAACGCGCUCCUCUCUAUCGUUGUCUUCGCGCUCAUGGCCGCCUACCUCGUUGCCGUCGUGUACCUGACGUUCAGGAAGGACACGGUGGUCACGUACGUCCCGCUGGCGGAGAGGGUGCAGGGGCAGGCGGAGGCCGGCAAGGCACCGGCGGCCACAUCAAGUGAGGACGACAGAGACCAGCCGGCGCCGUACAGGAAGGACCUAGCCGAUGCCUCCAUGUAG